UUCCCACUGGGCCUGGGCGAUGGGCAAUUCUAUGCAUGGACAGAUGGUUUGAGAAGAAAGGACUGGCAUGACUAUGAAAGCAUUCAGAAAGAGGCUAUGCGCUCAGGGAAAGGUGAACAUGGGAAACCUUACCCCCUCACUGAAGAGGACCACGAUGACUCAGCUUAUAGGGAAAAUGGUUUCAACAUUUUUGUCAGCAACAAUAUUGCUCUAGAGAGGUCCCUGCCAGAUAUUCGCCAUGCUAAUUGUAAGCACAAGAUGUACCUGGAAAGGCUGCCAAACACCAGCAUCAUCAUCCCAUUUCAUAACGAAGGUUGGACUUCACUCCUGCGUACCAUACACAGUAUAAUUAACCGAACCCCAGAGAGUCUGAUAGCAGAAAUCAUUCUAGUGGAUGACUUCAGUGAUAGAGAAGCAACAGAAGUCAGAGGGCAUGUGAAGACAAAUUGUGGGAAUUCACAACAUGUUGGAAAACUUAGGACUGCUUUAACAUUUAAGAAAUCUUCAGUUUUGCCAAUAAGCAGGUAAUUUACUACAGAUAAUGAAAAAAGAAUCAAUUCUAGAGUUUCACCAAAAGGAGGCUAGAUAGAGCAUGUUGCCUACCUAAAUUAUAUGAAUGGCCUUACAUGAGUGUUUAUCAAAAGUCCUUACAAGAUUAUUUUCACUAUUACAAGAAAAGGGAUAUAUCUCAAGGCAUAUUUUGUUUACAGGGCCUCUAAGACAAAGAAGUUUUUUCUGCUCCUUUUUAUUCUGAUAUUAUCUAUAG